AUGGGCGAGGACAUUGAAGCUUAUGUGAAGUUGUGCCAGCAAGACAAGUCUGAGAAAAGACGUGAAGCUGACAUUGGUAAUCUAUUAUCCUUAUGCAUAAAGAUAAUAAAUUCGGUCGUUGUGGUCGGACUCUAUUAUGGAUUUCUGACCACAUUCUCCAUAGGGCCCUCUUAUCUCUUCCUUCUCCGAGCUCGGGUUAUGGAAGAAGGAACCGAGAAGGAGGUAUCAGCAACAACUGGUUUUAUUACGGGACAGCUCAUGAUGUUCAUAUCGAUCUAUUAUGCGCCUCUGCAUCUAGCAUUGGGUAGACCUCAUACAAUGACUGUCUUAGUUCUACCAUAUCUUUUGUUUCAUUUCUUCUGGAAAAAUCAAAAAAGCUUUAACAGUAUUAGAAAUACCAGUACCAGAAACUCAAUGCGUAAUCUCCGCAAUCUCAACAUUCAAUGUGUAUUCUUGAAUAAUCUAAUCUUUCAAUUAUUGAACCAUUUUAUUUUACCAAGUUCAACGUUAAUCAGAUUAGUCAACAUUUAUAUGUUUCGAUGCAACAACAAGAUCUUAUUUGUAACAAGUAGUUUUGUUGGUUGGUUAAUUGGUCACUUUUUAUUCAUGAAAUGGCUUGGAUUGGUCCUGGGUUCCCCCUUUAAGAGAAGAGCCAUCGGACAAACAUCCAACUGGGGCCACUGGAGUUUUCUUUCUGGUCUUCUAGACUUGGUUUCAUCAACGAUGUUGGUGUUGGGGCGAAGGGGAAUGCUAAGAAUGGAAUUGCCAGAUUUUCGAGAAGAAGAACUCUAG